AUGUACGGCACAGCAAUCGUUCUGCACACUUUGGUGACGGCGCCUCUGGCCCUUGGGGCUGCUUUGAGACCACGACUUGACAAUGGUGUUGCAAAGACACCUCCGAUGGGGUGGAAUACCUACAACCACUACUCUUGCUCACCCAAUGAGACCAUUGUCAAGUCAAAUGCGAAAGCUCUGGUUGAUCUUGGCCUGGCUGACCUAGGUUAUCGCUAUGUCACGACUGAUUGUGGCUGGACUGUCGCCAAUCGCACUGCGGACGGGUCAUUGACGUGGAACGAGACUCUGUUUCCGAGUGGGUUCCCGGCUCUGGGGGAGUAUAUCCAUGGCCUUGGGUUGUUGUUUGGUGUCUAUGAGGAUGCUGGAAUUCGUUCGUGUCAGACCAAUAUCGAACAGGCGGGUAGUUUAUAUCAUGAAUCUCAGGAUGCUGCACUGUUUACUUCCUGGAAGAUCGAUGCACUAAAAUACGACAAUUGUUUCUCGGAUGCAGCAAGUGGCUAUCCAAAUGUCAACUAUGAGCCAAGCACAUCACCCAGCCCGCGGUAUGCAAACAUGACCAAAGCCCUCGCCGCGCAAAACCGGUCUGUUCUCUUCCAGAUCUGCGAAUGGGGCGUUGACUUCCCGGCUUUAUGGGCACCAGCUCUAGGCCAUACUUGGCGCAUCGGCAACGAUAUCAUCCCAGCUUGGCGGGCUAUCUACCGUACAUUAAACCAGGCUGUCCCGCAGACAUCCUUUGCGGGACCCGGCCAAUGGCCGGAUCUGGAUAUGCUGGAGGUUGGAAAUAACAUUCUUACCACGGCAGAGGAACAAACUCAUUUCUCGCUCUGGGCUAUAUUGAAGAGUCCACUGGUUAUUGGUGGUGCUUUAAAGGAUGAAGUGACUUCGAUGAAUGCUGAGUCACUGGCAAUCUUGUCCAACAAGGAUGUUGUAUCGUUCAAUCAGGACUCGUUGGGUGUCAGUGCCACCCUGAAGCGACGGUGGUCUGAGGAACAGUACGAAGUCUGGAGUGGCCCACUGUCUGGUGGCAGGACUGUUGCCGCACUGAUCAAUUGGGCUGAUGAGUCCCGCGAAUUGACAUUGAACCUCGCAGAUGUGGGAAUCCAGGCUGCUCGCACUUUGAAGGAUAUCUGGGCUGGAAAGACUGUUGGCAAUGUCAAGAGUUCUUAUACAGCUACAGUGGCCGGGCACGGGGUCAUGCUCGUUGAGUUGAGUGAUACGACGGCAGCUGGUACUUACCCAACAGCCAAGUUCGCAACAACAAAAGGAAACUCGGUAACAUUUGGCUCAAUCUAUGCCAACACAACAAGCGCCAAUCACACACUUUUGGUCACAUUCUCGAAGUCAUCGACGAAGGCAACUAGUAUCACCGCUGAAUCCUCAUCCACUAAACAGAAGAGCACAAUCAACGUCGCAGCCUCGAGCAGGACAGCUUCAAGUUCCAUUUCACUAUCCGCCGGUUCUGCAAACACGAUUACCAUCAGCUCAACCCUCCCAAUUGACUCUAUUCGAAUCAAAUCACCGACAGGAACAUACUACCCUUCAACUGCAUUUACCCUCGCUGGGUCUGCGACACUCCUUCAAUGUGGCACCGGCUACUGUCAACCAGUGGGGUCGAAAAUUGGCGACCUCGACAGCACAAACACCGCCAAGAUCACAGUCCCCGCGGCCGUCUCCAGCACUACUUCAUCCAAGUACGUUGAGUUGGACUACAUCAACAACGACAUCGCAUUCUCAACCUCCUGGGGUCUGGGCUCCAAUUCGCGCAAUAUAACUGUCUCGCUGAAUGGGGGAAGUCCCGUCAGACUGGAGGUCCCGCUUUCUGGGCGCCAUAGUGAACUCUUUGGACCUGGACUUGGGUGGUGGGAUACUUCGUCAUUGGGUGUCUUGAUUGAUGGGUGGAAGGAUGGAGACAAUGAGGUCGUUGUUGGUAAUGAGGCUGGAAGUAAUGCUUUCCAGACCUGGGGUGCGGACUUUGUGGGGUUGAGGGUCUUUGAUUAG